AUGGAUGAGUUUAUUACUCAGGCAAGUUACAUAGGAAUUCAGGGACUCGAAGAUGAGGGCCACAGCAACUUUCCUCCAAUUCCAGAGGAGGUCCAGAUUGAUGAUUCUCCAAUGUACAGAAUAGAAAGACAACUGGGUAAGGGAGCUACUGGGCUAGUAUGUGUGGGUCGACCAAUCGGUCCUUCAACUUCCGGUGGUCAAACUGGUUUACAUGCAGAGGAGGUAGCAGUAAAGUUUCAGCAGAAACAUCCCGGCAAAGACGACGUUCCUCAUGAGUGGAAAGUUUAUGAUGAUCUGGGUGAAAAUCAUGGCGUACCACUGCCACGGGUGCAUUAUUGGGGGGAAAAAGGUGGCUAUGACAUCCUGGUCAUGGAUAUGCUUGGACCGAGUUUACAAGUUCAGUUGGUCAAUAACCGUCCAUCCAUGCCAUUGGCGUCAGUUGCUUGUGUUGCGGUUGAGGCAAUCUCUAUUCUCGAGAAGCUGCACUCUAGAGGGUACAUACAUGGGGACGUAAAACCUGACAACUUUUUGCUCGGUCCUCCAGGAACUCCUGAUGAGAGAAAAUUGUUCCUGAUUGACCUUGGAUUAGCUGGGAGAUGGCGAGAUCGUUCUAGCAGUUCGCAUAUUAGGUACCAUCAAUAUCCAAACCAUUUCAGAGGAACGCCUCUUUUCGCGAGUGUGCAUGCUCAUCUUGGUAGAGCAAGUAGCCGAAGAGAUGACCUGGAGUCCCUGGCAUACAUGCUCCCUUUCCUUUUCCGUGGCCAUUUGCCUUGGCACGGAUUUCAGGCGGACAAUACGCCUAUGCUUGUAUGCAGGAGAAAGAUGGCCACUCCUUUGGAAGCUCUUUGUCACUCUUGUCCUCCGCCUUUCCUGCAAUUCGCUGAGUUUGCAGUAAAUUUGAGAUUUGAUGAAAAUCCGAACUACGCAAGAUAUAUUUCUCUUUUCCGUGGGCUAAUUGAUCAAAACCCAUACGUUUGGCCUGUGAAUGCUGAUGCUGCUCGUGAGGUACCACCUUAUUGCUCUAAAUGCAUUUGCCAGUCGAAAGGCGACAUGCUACCAAAGAGCUCACCAGCACGAAGGGGGUUGAGGAGAUCACGAUGGAUAAGCAUUUUCCACACACAUCCACCCAUGAGGCAAAGGACUAUCCACAAUUUGGACAAUGUGAGACUAACUUCAUGCAUUUGGAAGGCAUAUGCGGAUGGAAUGUAUGUUAGCAGUGCGGCUUCACGCUUGAAUUUGUGGGCCGUGGUAAUGGAUUCUGGCACUGGCUUCACUCCUCAAGUUCAUACUAUUUCUCCCAGUUUUCUUCCCCAGGACUGGAUUAGGAGACUGUGGAAGAGGAACUACCACAUCACUGCAAUCGCCGGAGCAGAUAAUGGUAGCACAUUAGUUGUAAUGUCCAAGGGGCCUCAAAACUUUUGGCAAUCUUAUCGCGUCGCCGAUACAUUCCCUUACGGGUGGAUUAAGAGGAAAUGGGCACUUGGUAUUUAUGUCACAGCCAUGGCCACUGCAGGAAAUAAAUGGGUAGUCAUCAUGUCCUCUACCGCCAGAUUUGUCCACCAGGUUGUAGAGCUAGAUUUUCAGUACCCGUACGAGGCAAUUGACAAAAGGUGGAAUCAAGGCUACUUCAUCACUUCGGUUGCAGCUACUACAGAUCAGGUAGCCGUUGUCUUCAGCAUUCCAGGAGAAGUAAGAGGAUCCCAAGAUGCAUUCCUGACUUCACAUUUUCCAGAUAGAGUAGCCGCGGAGAGUCGGCAUAGGAAUUACUACUUGUCCCAUCUUUGCUACAGCAGAACUGUUUCAUGA